CUUUCUCUGACGCCCCACCUCGUCUUCCUCCCGUCUACACUGAAUCGAGUAGUGGUGGCGGAAUAUUUUUCUUUUCCACGCGCUACGGCCACCCGAGCUCACGCGCUGCUGCUGCUGCUGCGAGUGGAGUUGUCCUCAAGGAAGGCGGGGGAGGAAGAGGAGGGCGGGCGCUCCUCCAAUGGUGGCCGAGUCCUGAAGGCUCAGGGGCGGGCGCGGAGAUGAUACGGUACCAGGUGCGCAACGAGUACGGGCUGGCGGAUCCGGCGCUGUACGCGCCGGAGGAGGAGGAGGAGGAUGACCCCGAGGCGCUGCUCGAGGGCGUCGCCAUGGCCGGCCUCGUCGGCCUGCUCCGCCAGCUCGGGGAUCUCGCUGAGUUCGCCGCAGAAAUUUUUCAUGACCUGCAUGAAGAUGUGAUGGCCACUGCUUCUCGAGGGCAUGGUUUGAUGCUUAGAUUGCAGCAGCUAGAGGCAGAAUUUCCUGCAGUUGAGAAGGCAAUUAUAGCACAGACUGACCAUUCAAAUUACCUACAUGAUAAUGGUAUUGAGUGGCACCCAAAUCUUCAGCUUAAUCAGAAUUUGAUCACGAUAGGAGAUAUGCCUCGUUUCAUUUUGGAUUCAUAUGAAGAAUGUCGUGGCCCACCACAUUUAUUCACGUUGGACAAGUUCGAUGUUGCUGGUGCCGGGGCCUCCUUAAAACGAUAUUCAGACCCCUCUUUCUUUAAGAUGGGACAGACCUCCAACAUGAUUGAACCGGAUUACUUAAGAGAGAAGAAGCCCCGUAGGAUAAAGAAAAAGGCUAUGCGAAGGAAAGGGGAAACACUCGAAUCAUUGCUUAUUGCGAACUCUGAGUCUCAAAUUACUUCAUCAAAGGAUCGAUCUUCUAGAAAAGUUCCACCAAGGACAACAAAACUGAAAUCCAGGCAUUUACGGGAUUCUUACAAUAAAACUAUAAGCAGAAUCUGCAGGGAACAAUUGCAAGAAGUAAUUUCAUCACAACAGAAGAUCUUGUCAAAUUGUUCUGCAAGGAACUUCCAUGCAAAAUUUAGGUCAACUGACUCGAGUGAAAUAAUAUCUUCAUUUGGAGAAUUAGACAAUUUCAGUGCUCCUGCUCAGUCUUUUACUAAACAUGAACUGACGAAGGUUGUCCCAGUAGACGAAUCUGAUACUUUGGUGACUGCAUCUGCACCCAUUAAUGGACCGAUUCAUCUUGAGGUAGAUGAUGGUCAAUAUCUGGCAACACAACAGGAACAUUUCGAAAUGGAACAGAUCUGCAAGGGAUCUCCAUUGCAGUCAGUGCAGGAAGAGAAACUUCAAUUGGCUGUAGUUCCUGUUUACCAUGAUGAUGAUCCCUGCAGGCCUGAUGAUAUUGGUAGUGAUCAAGACAAGUUUAUUGACACCCUUAAUAUAGAAUCAGAAGGUGAAGCCGAUCAUAGCAUGAAAAGUCAAAAGAAUCUCAGUGCCGAAAUGGAAGUGGAUAAUUUGAACUGUGAUGGCAAGGAAGCUGAAAGUGUGCUGGAUGUACAGUUUUCAGAACCAGGUCCUGCAGAAGACCUGUCAUCAGGGUUGAGCAAUCCAUGCAAUGACACAGAACCAACCCGUGCAGACUCAUUUCUGCUAAGUGAUUCUUCUCCUUCUGCAGUGUCAGACACAAAAGAUACAGACUCUGAUUCAGAUUCUUGCAAACAAGUGGGUGCUGAUAAUUGGAUCAACGACAAAGAAUCUUGUAAUGAUGUUGAUCUAAUGGAUGUCAGCUCAUCAUCCAGUGUAACCUCUGAUGACAAUGGUAACUUUGAAACUGACACUAAUCUCAAUGGCUGUGUACAAAACCAGGAGGCGUCUUUUCUCCCUACCAACGAUUAUCAUGCUGUUGCUAUCCCUAGUUCUGAAAAACAGUUAUCCCAGACAUCUAGUGGCUUGGAUGGUUUGGCUAGCAUUAGCAGUAAUUACCACGAAAUAGCAUAUCGCUCAGCGGAGGAUGGCCGAAAUAAUGUGGUAGAUGGUACUUCUACGAUAUCUGGACAACCCAAUGAUGUUUCACAUGCUGUUGGAGAAGUUGAAGUUCCACAUGCUGAUGAUUUGUUACUCCAGAGUGGCACACACAAUCAAGAACAAAUACAGUUGUCCAAGAAACCAUUUGAAGAAUGCACAUCUAUAGCUACAGUUGUCCAAGAAACAGAUACCAAAGUUGCAUCACUGCCAGGCAUGGAUCCUGUUGUGCACAUGAAUGACUUGGAGUUCAACAAUGUUGCACUUCCUGCAGAAAUUGACACGAGUACAAAACCAACUAGUUUGGAUCCUGAUGUUACCCACAAGCAUUCUGACAAGCUUGAUUCAGGAGUUAUACCUAUUCAUUCAAUCACAUCAGAUAAUCCAUCGUUUGAAUCAGAUCAGGGUGAACUGGUUGAAGAAUCACACUGUUUACCAGAUGAAGAUCUAUAUAAGCAUAUCACAGAGGAUCAAGAAAUAGCUGCACUGGAAAAAGGGCCCUGUUCAGUUAGGCUCGACACACACAAAGAAGAUUCUAUGCAGGCGUCUGUUGUGCCCAUGCACUUCUCUAAUAUUCAGGUGAUCCCAGGACUUGCUGAAUCUGUACCUACUUUUCAAGAUGACACAGAAGCUCAUACAAGCAAGAUGCUGGAACAAUCUCCACGAGUAUUGAAUGAUGAUACAAAAUCAUCGUUGGUUGAUGUCCCAUCAGCUUCUAGUACUGCCCCUAUACUUGAUACCGUCAAGUCCUGCAUGGAAUACCAUGAAUCCAUUGAAACGAUAAAAAAUGUGGAGCACAGUGAAGUUCUGGUUGAUGCUGAGGUUGUAGAAGAAUCAACUACCGGCAGGUUUGAUGAUGACAGGAUACCUUCUGAAGAGGAGCAUACUGAUGGUGUCAAACAUACCGAGAAAGCAGAGGUUGAUGCCGAGGUUGUAGAAGAAUUGACUACCGGCAGGUUUGAUGAUGACAUGAUACCUUCUGAAGAGGAGCAUACUGAUGGUGCCAAACAGACCGAGAAAGCAGAGGUUCUGCCUACAAAUUCUAGUCAUGAUAUACCAUUGCAAUCCAGUCCUUUCAGAGAAGACAUUGAAGCAGUUGAAGCUACCUGUGAAAACCUUGGAUCACUAGAAGAGUCAAGAGGACAUAUCUUUAGAGAAAGUAUGCUGCAGAAGGAAAAUACACAGGAGCUCCUGCUGCAGACAGCCAAUCUUCCACACCCUAUUGAAAUAGAAACGUCAGGCGGAACACUGGGUGGCAGUGAUGACAUUCUAUAUGUUCCGCCAUCGCAUUUUCCAGAAGAUUCUUCUUGUCAAGAGGAUUUAUCAGAAGAAACCACUCUAAUUGCUGAAGAAGUUCCAUGUCAGAGUGAUUUGGAUAAGGAUGUUACAGUAAGCCCGAACAGUAACAUGGUGUGGGAGCAACUAUCAGAUGUCGAUCAAGACUUGGUGAGGGAGUUAUCUGCUCAAGAUUCUUUUGGCACAAACCCAUUCGUCGAUCCUGGGUACAUGGUGAGCUCUACUGAUCCUUUGCCCAGUAUGAGCUAUCAACCAUGUUGCUCUGAAGAAGAAGAUGAUUUUCUCUCAGAACUUCUAAUCCAGCAGUGUAAGAUCGAAGCAAAAGCGAACCUGUAUCCACUUGAUGAUUCUCUUUGGGAACCUGCAACUCCACCCGAUGAAGCACCAUUACCAUCAGAAGUUAUGACUGAACAGGACUUCAGAUCCUUGUGCCAUGAAUACCAUGAGAUUGAUUUUACUGCUGCCACAGAAGGUUUUGAUCAUAAACCAUCCUCAGAUACUAAAGAUAUUACAAAUGCUUCUGUGGUCAGUGUAUUGGACUUUCCUAGUUCUGUAUCUGUGCUGCCAGUGGAAUUAGACCAGGAAGCGGUUUGUUCUAAGCCAGAUUCUCAACGUGCUGAUUGUUCUUCUGCCAGGGAUAUAUCAGGCGAAACAUUCGUGCCCUUAUCUGCCAUAGAAGUUCCAGAUGCCGAGAAACAAGCAGCGGAUUCUGACUUGAGAUCUCACGAGUCUUUCGGUGAUGAGAAAAAUCUUGAACUGGAUAUCCUUUCCGUUCCAGUGAAAUCAGAGCAGGAACAACGUCCCUUGCCUGAGGUUGUUCCAGUGAAAGAAGAGCAGGACCCCUGUGCUAACCUUCCUCCACAUGCUUUUAUAAAUGAAAACGUAGGUGAACUGGAUGUUCACUCGAGUAACUCGCCAGUGGAACCGUUGGUAGGAGCACGUGGCUUGGAUGAACCGGAUGUCCUUCCUUUAAGGAAACCUACUCCAACCCAGGAAUCAGACUCCUGUGUCUUUGAUGGACCUAACUCUCAAAGUGUUCCAUCUUCCUCAAUGGAUAAGACGGUUGACGAUCUAGAUGUCCCUCCUCCGAGGAUUGCUCUUGAAGCUGAGGAGUCAGAAGAUCAGUUUACAGGUGAAAAUGAUUCUCAGAUUGGUACAUCUCACGUUUGUGAGAAGAUUGAAGAACCUGCUGCCCCUCCAAGCAAUGCUGUUCUUGUUGAAAAGGAGGCAGAAGUUUGUGCUCCAAGUGAACUGGAUUCUCAAAUUGCUUCAUGUUCUUUGCGUAACAAGAAAAUAGACGAACUAGAUUGUCCUCCUUUGAGUGGUUCUGCAUUGAUAGAAGAUGAGUCGGAAGAUCAUAUCUCUGGUGUUCCUGAUUCUCAAAUUGCUCCAUAUUCUCCAGUAAAUGAUAAGAUUGUUGAACCAGGUGCUUCUACAUCAGUAAAUGAUAGAGAGGCGGGGUGGGAAACUUGUCCGUCUCCUGAAUUGGAUCCUCAGUUUGCUCCAUGUCCCUUAAGUGAUUACAAUGUUGGUAAACUAGACGUGACUCCAUCAUGCAAUGUCCAAGUGGAAGCAGAGAAUGGACCCUAUCAUUCACCUGAAUUUGGUACCCGAAUUGCUUCAUAUUCUUCAGUAAAUGAUAAGAUUGAUGUACCAGGUGCUGCUACAUCAAUACAUGAUAUGGAGGUGGAGCAAGGGUGGGAAGCAUGCGCAUCCCCUGAAUUGGAUUCUCAAAUUGCUCCAUGCCCCGUGAGUGAGGACAGGGUUGGUGAACUAGAUGGAUCUUCAUCAUGCAAUGUCCUAGUGGAAACAGAGAAUGGACCCUAUCACUCACCUGAAUUUGGUACCCAAGUUGCUCCAUAUUCUUCAGUAAAUGAUAAGAUUGAUGUACCAGGUGCUGCUACAUCAAUACAUGAUAUGGAGGUGGAGCAAGGGUGGGAAGCAUGCGCAUCCCCUGAAUUGGAUUCUCAAAUUGCUCCAUGCCCCGUGAGUGAGGACAGGGUUGGUGAACUAGAUGGAUCUUCAUCAUGCAAUGUCCUAGUGGAAACAGAGAAUGGACCCUAUCACUCACCUGAAUUUGGUACCCAAGUUGCUCCAUAUUCUUCAGUAAAUGAUAAGAUUGAUGUACCAGGUGCUGCUACAUCAAUACAUGAUAUGGAGGUGGAGCAAGGGUGGGAAGCAUGCGCAUCCCCUGAAUUGGAUUCUCAAAUUGCUCCAUGCCCCGUGAGUGAGGACAGGGUUGGUGAACUAGAUGGAUCUUCAUCAUGCAAUGUCCUAGUGGAAACAGAGAAUGGACCCUAUCACUCACCUGAAUUUGGUACCCAAGUUGCUCCAUAUUCUUCAGUAAAUGAUAAGAUUGAUGUACCAGGUGCUGCUACAUCAAUACAUGAUAUGGAGGUGGAGCAAGGGUGGGAAGCAUGUGCAUCCCCUGAAUUGGAUUCUCAAACUGCUCCGUGCCCCAUGGGUGAGGACAAGGUUGGUGAACUCGAUGUAUCUUCGUCAUGCAAUGUCCAAGUGGAACCAGAGAAUGCAUCCUAUUGCUCACCUGAAUCUGAUUCCCAAAUUGCACCGGGUUCUUUGAAUUCCAGUGCGCUAGCUGAGAGAUCAACAGCGGCUUCUACUUCUGUCAUGCAUAGUACCGAGGAAAACUAUCGGGUCUCUCCUGUUCCACCACACACUGAACCGUUUCAAAGUGUAUGCAGUGAAGAUCCUCCGAAACUACCUCCUCUUCCUCCGCUUCAGUGGAGGCUUGGAAGGCCUCGUUUGGGACUUCUGAGUACAAAAGACCGUGCGCCUGACCCUGCAAGCAGAACAACUUCCAUUUUGCCUGUAUCAAGCCAAAAUAUGGAUAAUGGCCUAGUUUCACUUGACGGAAUGGCAGAACCAAUAGCCUUAGUUUCCUCUCAAGAUAUCAAAGAGAGGCAUCAGAAUUCUGUGGUGGACAAUAGUGAUCAAAGGGUAGAAUCUGGAAUGCCAAGGGAAAAUGACAGGCCAUUUUCAGAGGCUUGUUGGAACAUCAAGCAUCAGGGGCAUAUCAUUUCAUCACCAUCGGAGGCUGAAGAACAUCUGAAUGACAGUGGGGCCACUGCACAUGUAAUUAACCAGCAAGAUCGUCAACAGCACCUCUUGUGUUCAGAUAUUUCAGACAUCGCUAAGCAUCUCAGUUCUACAGAUCCAGCUGCAUCUGAGGAUGACAAAAUGGUGGAUGAUCACAGUGCUGCACGUAGCGUGCAUUUCCACAAAGUGAGCUCUUCAACACCAGGGCAUGUUUCUGAAAAUGGUAGUUGCCAGCAAUCUCAGCACGGUGAAUCAUUAUCAGGGACUUCAGGCAAUGAAGAGCAUAGUUCAAAUUCAUCAGAUGAGGAGAAGAAUCUGAAAGACCAGCCAAUCACAAGAGGAUUACCUUUAGACACAACAAAACAUACUGCAUCAGGCUCAGUGUUAGAAGAAGGCAAUAGCCAGGAGAGUCAGUUACAGGAACAAGAUGCGGAUAACCUCAAGGGUGGUCCGUCUGAAGGCCAGUCACAUACUGCAGAAUCAAUGGUAUCUGAAGAUUAUCCCCAUGGUGAUCAUAAUUUGGACACAGAGAGUAUACUUCAGCCAAACCCGUCAUGGCCUAGCAAUAUAAGUAAAUAUCUUGGUGACCUUGAUGAAGGCGGCUAUGCACACGUUGAGCAGCCACCAGUGAUGGGAUGGACUGUUGGACCUCAGAUGCUUCAUCCUAAUUAUGGAAUAUCAACGGAAGGGAGCAGAUUUGAACCAGAGGUCACAGAUUAUCGGUUGACCAGAAAGCCAGUUUCAGUGAGAAACAUCCCAAGAAAUCCACUGGUUGAUGCUGUUGCUGCUCAUGAUAGAAGCACGAUGCGGAAGGUUUCAGAACUUGCUCCCCCCACAGAUAAGCCAAAUACCGAUGAUAAAAACCUGUGGCUUGAGCAGAUAAGGAACAAGGUUGGAGAACUUGCCCCCACCGCAGAUAAGCCAAAUACCAAUGAUAAAAACUUGUGGCUUGAGCAGAUAAGGAACAAGACCUUUGACCUGAAACCAGUGGGUUCUGCUAAACCGACAUCCAUGAUAGCCCCUGCUAGAGCCUCUAGUGGAAACCUGAGAGUUGCUGCAAUAAUAGAGAAAGCGAAUGCCAUACGCCAGGCGGUGGGAAGUGAUGACGAAGACGACGAUAAUUGGAGUGACACAUAGAGAACCCAUUAUUUUGCCCUCCUGCUGUUUUUUCCUUGGCAGAAAGGUGCCAAACCAGCAAGAUCUUGGACAGGGUGCACAGCCAUGCCAUCUUAUGGUCCUAACAUUCUUAGCCUUGUCUCUCUCUUGUAUAUAUAGUGUAGGGAAAUGCCCAUAUGUUCAUGUUUUUUUGCCAUUCUUCUCUGCAUUCUUUUUGGCCUCACAGUGUGUAUACUUGCCUCCCCGGGCAGCAAAAGGCUGUCGAAGGUAGGCAUGUUCUUAGGAGACCAAUUUGUUCAGGUCUAAUGUAAAUCGUUAACCUCUCUUUUAAGUCUUAAACUUUUGCUUGUAUUAUAUAGAUUUGUAGUAGAUUUAUCUUGAAUACAAAAUGGGUUAGCAUGCUC